AUGGAUCCUGAAGUACUGGUCAUCAUGAUCAUGCUAUGUUUGUACGAGAUAGUGGACAAGUGCGAUCAACAAUGGACCAUCCAUCUGAAAGGCGCCAACGAUUUAAUCCGACUGCGAAGAAAACAGCAAAUGGCAUUAUCGCAGUCAACAACCCCAUCGGAUCCUGUGACGACUUUUGCAGAGCAAUUUUUUGCCUUCCAGGAUGUCAUGGGUCGAACCGCAUGUGCCAAAGAGGUCUUGUUUGGUACCGACUACUGGAAACCGGACGAACGCAACAUCGAUCUUUGGAUGGGGUGCAGUCCUGAAAUGGUCUCAAUCCUGGCCAAAAUCACGGAUAUGAGUCGAACAAGGAGACAACAUACGUCUGAUACGGACAAGGCAUCGUUCUCACUACGUGCGGCCUCCCUUGAACGCCAACUAGAGAACUUAGUCCAAGAGGUGGGAGAGGGCGACGAUGAAAUUCUCUCACUGGUUGCAGAUGCCAAGCGCUUGGCUGCGAUGCUUUACUUACAUUGUUCUCUGUAUGGGGCUGGACCCACCACACCUUUGGUGAAGAGUUAUGUGCGCCAGAUUCUGCGGGUCGUAUCGGAUCUUCUGGACCGUAAAUCGCUGGUCAAUGUCACAUGGCCAGUCUUUGUGGCAGCUGUGGAGCUUGACCCAUCUGAUGAUGAGCUCUUUCCGGAGUCUGAAAUAAAAUCAGGGUCGGGACGAGCGAUUGUGCUACAUUCCCUAGCAACAAUGGCCGAUUCAACAAUCUCGAAUAUUGCUAGAACACGGGCAGUGAUCACCAAGUUAUGGCAGACACGCGAUUCGGAUUUGAUCAAUGGAACCGCCCUGCAGAGUCAAUGCAAUGACUGGGAAUGGCAUGUGGUGCCAAUCAGCAAUGCCAUGAGUCUAGCAUGA